AUGAAGCUGGUGCCAGUCGCCCUGGUGUACUUGGGUUCGCUUGCCUUCCUAGGCGCUGAUACUGCGCGGCUCGACGUGGCGUCGGAGUUCCGAAAGAAAUGGAACAAGUGGGCUCUAAGUCGUGGGAAGAGAGAUUUAUGGGUGUCCAGAAGCUACCCCACCAGUCUCAGUGACGUGAAGGCCGGGACAACCCAGACUCUCAUUCAGCCACAGGAAAUGAAGGGAGCUUCUCGCAGCCCCCAGACCAGCAAUCCCGAGGCCUCCCGCAUCCGAGUCAAGCGCUACCGCCAGACCAUGAACAAUUUCCAGGGCAUGCGAGGCUUUGGCUGCCGCUUCGGAACGUGCACUGUACAGAAGCUGGCGCAUCAAAUCUACCAGUUCACGGACAAGGAGAAGGACGACGUCGCCCCCAGAAACAAGAUCAGCCCCCAGGGCUACGGUCGCCGGCGCCGUCGCUCCCUGCCGGAAGAUGGCCAGGACCGGACUCGGUUAUCCUUGGAGUCGCGGGCUCGCAGGGCUCCAGCCUCCAGGGAGCACCAAGUGCUCGCCGCCCUUCUCAGGAUUUAA